CAGUCACUUUCCACCGAAGUUUACAAAAUGGAUGCAGACGAUAUUUAGUCGGGAAGCUAAGUACAGUUUACAAUUUCUUUCUUUGGAAUUGUUGACCUCAUUGUUUGUAAAACGCAUUUGUCUAAUUCUGCGUUAUUUAAGCAUACGUAAUGAUAACAUAGAUGUAGUUUGUUUUUAUAAAAAAAGAUAAAGGACGCAAAGGAAUUUUCUCGUUUUUGGGUUGAGAAGGUAAAAGUUGUUUUUAGGGUGUAGUUUAGCAGCGAGGUGGUUAAAAUGAUGGUCGCCGAGAGAAAUAUGGUUCGUCUUGUGGCUGUGCAACAUCUCCGCACGGCGUAUGGGAUCAAGACGAAGAAUUGGAACAAAAACAAAGCGGACAAUGUGAAGUCAACUGCAACAAUAAACUCGACAAAGGUCUUCGGAGUACCGUUGGAGAGCUUACCGUAUUAUAACAUGGCGCGUGGGAAUGUGCCAAGCUUUCUGGUGGAUGCAUGUAUGAAGUUACAAGCACAUGUUGACACAGAAGGCCUGUUCAGAAAAUCGGGCUCUGUGCUUCGCCUGAAAGCCUUACGGGCCAAAGUGGAUUCGGGUGAGGAGUGCCUUUCUUCCGCACUUCCCUGUGACAUUGCCAGCCUAGUCAAGCAGUUCUUUAGGGAGCUGCCAGAACCGGUGCUACCCACCGAGCUGCAGGAGGCCUUUCUCAAGGCCCAGCAGCUCCCUAGCCAGGAGGACCGCACCUCUGCCACCGUGCUGCUUUCGUGCAUUCUGCCUGACAGGAGCCUCAGUGUCUUGUGCCACUUUUUGGACUUCCUCCAAAACGUCUCCAAGAGGAGUGCUGAGAAUAAAAUGGACAUCGCUAAUUUGUCCCUAAUCUUGGCUCCUAAUCUGCUGCACUGCGGAGAAGGUACUGAGAAGAUGAACGCCAACACAGAAAAACGCAUCCGACUGCAGACAGCAGUCGUUCACUGCUUCAUUGAGCACGCCCACAAUUUUGGAGUGCUGCCACAGUUCCUCGAAGAGAAGGUUUCAGCAAUGAUGCACUCUGAUCCGGCAAUUCUCUCUCCUGCUUUCAAUGAGCUUCAGGAGCUAGACCAAAACUCGGAGACGAGACGCAGAAAUAGACAGAGUCUCGGAGUCUUUUCUUCUGUCACGCCUGUGAUUGCAACGCCAUCUUCCAAGCGCAAGCUGCCUUUCGAUUCCGGUCAUUCUUUCGGAUUCUCAAACAAGAAACGUAGAUCUGUAAAGAAGAAUCUCGGGAUGGAAUCGCUUCCAAAUUAUUUGUUCGGCACCUCCACACCUGGAUCAGCUUACAGUGCGUCGGGGGUGCUUGAUUCCUCUCCAAGUACUCUGUCUUCUGCUGGGAAAUUUGGAAGGCUGUCGACCGCCUCGGCAAGGAGAAAGAGCAGAAGAGUGAGCGGCAGGCACGCAGUCAGCAGAGUCGAAUCUGGACGAGCCGGCUGCUUUUCCCCCAAAGUCAGCAAACAUGAAGUACCGCGCAAAUCGCUGCGUCAGCGUUUCAGCUUGGGAAGGAACCACAAAGACAUUGGGUCCGAGUCCAUAGGUUUGCGACUCGCCAGCCAGGAGAGCGCCGCCAGUUUUUGUUUCACCAAAGAAAUCCCCGCGUUCAAUCCGCCGCUUCUGCCCAGAAACACGCAAACAAAAAGUUCAAAGUUCAUAAGCAAGUCUGAAGACAACUUGCUGACCCCCCAGUGCGAGCCAGGUGCCCACUGCGCCUCAUGGAACAGCCAUGAUCCCGGAGAAGUAUCCUUCCCCGACACGCCCACUGGUGUGCGUCUUAAAAGCAAUUGCGUGUCUGAACCUGCCUUUGGGGGGUCUGGCCUGCCUAAAAAGUUGUGUUGCGCUACCGGUGAGGUAAGCUUGGAAAGCGAGACCUCAGUUUCCAAAGCCUCGGGUCAAAUCGUAACGGAAGUAGAGAAGGCCGUCGUGGAAAUGCCGUCGGUUAGCGUCCUGCUCCCUUCGCCGAAGACACCUACAGUACCAUCGCGAAGUGGGGACACUCCCAAGUUCAAGUUCCCAGCUCAUCGUAAAUUGAACGUUACAUUUGACGCAGAAGCUUUAUCGCCUUUGCAUAUCGAUAGUGUCGUUCUGGAUCCUAGCGGGAGUUGUAGCAAGGCACCCAGCGCUGCUCAGAGUUCGUUUAGCAUCGCCGCGGAAGAAAGUGAAGACUCGCCCGAGCGGGCUUACCGCAGUAGGUUGAUCGAAGCAUUGGAUAUUCAGAGUCCGGCUCACUUUGAACCAGGUAUCUCGCCGGGACUGCAGUCCACUCCCUACGCACCACGCCUCGAGCCGACAGUCGACGUCCAUGCAAACCAGCGUGAGAAAUCGUCUGUCCCGGACGCGGGUACUCCAAAGUGCCGCCGUCUGCGCGUGGUAGACCACAUCCAACGUUUCAACAAACUCACCCUGAAGUCUCCCCGAGGCGCCGAGGCCAAACAUGUCAAAUCGCCGUUGAAGUUCCAGCGCACCCCCGUGCGCCAGGCGGUCCGUAGGAUCAACUCACUCAUUGGCGAGAGCAAGAGACCUGCUGGAAACGUGGACACGAGUGACUCUCGAGGAAUUAAAUCUGCGAGGGCCGUGAGCUUGGAGAGCGGCCUGUCCCCGCAGCGACCAUUUCUGAAGAAAGCCCCGCCCGUCCCACCCAAAAAGCCGAGCUCAUUGGCUGCUAAAGUUAAGGCUUGUGCUCUCGGCGACGUGACCAACAAGUUACAAACCAAGGCCAACGGGGACUCCUCCAUCUCAGGCUGUGCGGCGGCUCACAAGGUUGUUUCGCAGCAGCUCGCAGGGAACGAAGUGCAAAAUUACCAAGGGACAGUCAGAAACAAGCUCGGCCGACCGCGACUGCUGCCGGCCACAAAGCCGGUCGAUCUGUAGCCGACCUUUUGCCAGCAUCGAUGAUGAUUGAUUUGCCAUGGGAUUUAAUUUAUUUGAAGCUACGAUUGGUGCAGCUUGUUUUAUGGCCUUCGGAAUAAAAAAUGUGCCUCUGCUUUAUGGUACUGUUCUGCACGUUUAAGAUUAUAGAGAUGUGGUGAAUGAUUGUUGUUGGGUGGAAUGACUUGAAAUCUUUUGACUUUUAUGUCUGCGUUCUGUAGUUUAGCCGCUAAGCUGUUCCCUUUUUUGUAUUGUUGCGUCAUAUCUUGUUUCAGCCAAACACUGAUGUCAACAAUAAAAUUUUUUUCACUUUUCAAAAAUAGUUUAAAAAAAGAGGUCGUGUUAUUGCCGUCACCAGGGGGUGCUGCAUAGUCGUUUAAGUUUGUGUGUCGAAUGCGGUCCUGCUUUGUUUUUCCUGACAUGGGGGAAAAAUGUAUUCACUUGCUCUAGAAGUGGUUAUUGUUGUAGUUUAAGAAACAACCUAAAAAAGGAACUGAGAUUAAUUUAUUAUUGGGUUAGUGUUUGCAUGGUGUGUGUGCGUGUAUAUCUAUAUAUAACUAUACUGUCUAACCUUUAAUGUGACGUCAACAUGUAUAGACGCUAGUUUUAUGUAGAAAUAAUAUAUAUAUAAUGUGUGCGCAUACACUAUAUAAAAAUACAUAUACACACAUAUAAAGUACAGGCCAAAAGUUUGGACACACCUUUUCAUUCGUGCGUUUUCUUUAUUUUCAUGACUAUUUUAAUUGUAAAUUCUCAGUCAAGGUAAUAAAACUAUGAAUGAAUGCGUGUGGAAUUAUGUACUCAGCAAAAAAGGCGAACAUUAUAAAAUUGUGUAUAAUCAAAGUAGCCACCCUUUGCUCUGAUUACUUUUUUUACACACUCUUGCCAUUCUAUUGAUGAGCUUCAAGAGGGAGCCACCUAAAAUGGUUUUUGACUUUCCUGGUAUUCCUUUUCAAGGUUGAUUAGUACAAUGUAUUGCUUUAUCAAUGGGGUUGGGACCUUCAUUUGUGAAGCAUUGAAUGAGGGGUGUCCAAAGUUUUGGCAUGUACUGUGUAUAUAUACAUAUCAGAUCAAAGUUAUUUAUAAAACCCUUUCCAAAACGUGAAAGGUCCUCAAAAUGCUAUACAACAAAGCAAAAUAUUGUACAUGACAAAUGAAAGGCAGGAGGAAGGUAUAGGAUACAAUAAAAUUGAGAAAAAAAACGCAUCGUGCUAAAAGCCAUUACAACAAAUAAACGUUAAUACGACGCACUCUACAUCAAGUUUGUGUGCAUGGCUGUCACCUCAGGAGGAAGCCUCUUCUGAAGACUGUACACAAGAAGGCCCGCAAACAGUUUGCUGAAGACAUGUCAACAAAGCACAUGGAUUACUGGAACCAUGUCCUAAUGUCUGAUGAGACUGGUGGGCUUUCUGGUCUGGACUCAUUGCUUGCCACUUUAGAAGUCUCCAGUGCUUUCUCUCAAACCAUUUUGUAGUGCUUUUUGAAUUGUGUUUUGGGUCAUUGUCCUGCUGGAAGACCCAUGACCUCUGAGGGAGACACAGCUUUCUCUAACUGGGCCCUACAUUAUGCUGCAAAAUUUGUUGGUAGUCUUCAGACUUCAUAAUGCUAUGCACAUGGUCAAGCAGUCCAGUGCCAGAGGUAACAAAGCAACCUCAAAACAUCAGGGAACGUUCGCCGUGUUUGACUGUGGGGACCGUGUUCUUUUCUUUGAAGGGCUCGUUUUUUUAAUCCUGUAAAUUCUGCUGAUGCCUUUUCCCAAAGAGCUCUACUUUUGUCUCAUCUGACAAGAGAACAUUCUUCCAAAACAUUUUUGGCUUUCUCAGCUAAGGUUUGGCAAACUCUAGCCUGGCUUUUGUAUGUCUCUGGGUCAGAAGUGGGGUCUUCCUGGGUAUGCUACCAUAGAGUCCCUUUUCAUUCGGACGUCGAAAGAUAGUAUGGGUUGACACUGUUGUACUUCAGACUGCAGGACAACUUGAACUGGUUUGGAUGUUAAGUCGAGGUUCUUUAUCCACCAUCCACACAAUCUUUUGUUGAAAUCUCUCGUCAUUUUUUUUUUCUUCUACAUCUAGGGAGGUUAGCCACAGUGCCAUGGUCUUUACACUUAUUGAUGACAUUGCGCAAGGUAGACACAGGAACAUUCAGUUCUUUGGAGAUGGACUUGUAGCCUUGAGAUUGCCUAUGCAUCCUCACAAUUUUGCUUCUCAAGUCCUUAGACAGUUCUUUGGUCUUCUUUCUUUUCUUCAUGCUCAAUGUGGUACACACAAGGACAGAGGUUGAGUCAAAUUUAAUCCAUUUUAACUGGCUGCAAGGGUGAUUUAGUUAUUGCCACCACCUGUUAUGUGCCACAGGUAAGUAACAUGUGCUGUUAAUUACACAGAUUAGAGAAGCAUCACAUGAUUUUUCAAAGGAUGCUGAUACUUCUGUCCGGCACAUCU